AAUAAGUGCGAAGCAGCAGGAGAUGAAAACGGAAAAUCUGACGAAACGGGUCGACAGAACAGGGCACUGGACCUUCGAACCGGUGUGGCUACGAAACGGGAGUUUCCUCAAGACGAGGAUGACGGUGAACAGUACUGUUCUAAAAACAAGGUCAUCAAGAAGAGGCCAACCGACCAGGAGCUUGCACUAAAUCUCUUCAUCAAGCAACUGGCCGUCGAACUACUCGAUCGCCGUCUGACAAUUGUACAGCAACCCCGACACCGACUGGCCCAAUUGGAGGCCGCCUGCCAGCGACAAUUUCCCGAUUUCAAUGAGCGUCAAAUUCGACUCAAAGUUCGGGGUCAGUUGAAGCUCUACCGGCGUAAUCUGAAGAAGGCGGAGGAACGAAUGGCUGCUGGUCCCAAACCCUCCACUUCCUCUUCCUUCCCCACCAACGGGCCGGUCUUUUCCGGCCAAAACUCAAACACCUGCCUCAUUGUUCCCACCAGCAACUCCAUCACCACCAUCGGAACCACGCUUACCGCAGAUCUUAGACCCAGCCCCUUCUAUGCGGUAGCUGCGGACGGUAUCCACACACUCCUGCCAUCUUCAGAAACCUACUCAACCUGCAAUCCUUCGGUUGUACGGCUAGCCCAGACGGCUCUGCUCAAUGAGCAACGUCGAAAAGGCCAGAUCUGUCAUGAGUUACCAUCGCAGAGCUCUGUUGGCGGCGGCGGUGGUGCCAGU